AAAUAUUGAAAAUGAGAAGUGGACAACUUUAGAAAAGCCUUAUAUUUCUUCUUUACUUUCCAAAAUUAUUCGUCAAGAAGAUAAACUUAAAACCAAAAUUAGUAAAAUUGCUGAAAGCAAUCAAAUUACUGAAAUUA